AUGAAUCAACUCUUCACCUUCAUCCUGCUCUUGCUGAAUUUGUCUGGAACGUUUACCAAGUACAUUUAUGUUGACCAGAAAAUGGGUUGGCUUCAAGCUCAGAGUUACUGUCGGCAGAACUACACAGACCUGGCCCCUGUAAGUACUAAGAAGGAUGUCAACAAACUAAAGCAGCUCUCCAGCAAUGUAAAUCACUCUAUCUGGAUAGGACUGAGAAAUUCAACAAUGGAUCAGAUUUUCACCUGCAUCCUACUCCUGAUGAGAUUGUUUGGAACUUUUACAAAGUACGUUCACGUUAAUGACAGAAUGAAUUGGCCUCAAGCUCAGAGUUACUGUCAGCAGCACUACACAGACCUGGCCCCUGUCAGUAACGACAAGGAUGACAACAAACUUCAGCAGCUCUCCAGCAAUGUCAAUCACUGUAUCUGGAUAGGACUCGUGAGAAAUUGCUCAAACAGAACGCAAUGGCUGUGGUCAGGAGGUGGAGUGGCAUCCACUUUUUUCUGGAGACCAGGUGAACCUAAUGACUUUAACGGGAAUGAAGAUGGUGGCUGCGUGUGGAAUAAAAUGUGGAAUGAUGAAAAACUACAGAAUCAAAAAACCUUCUUCUGUUACGGUGCCGUUGUGGUGAAGGAGAAAAAGACUUGGGAGGAAGCUCUGGAGUACUGCAGGGAGCACCACGAUGACCUGGCCAGUGUGGCGUCUGAGACUGAGAUGCUACUGAUCCAGAAAGAGUUGAGCAAACAUAACACCACUGAACAUGUCUGGAUUGGAUUGCGUUUUCUGGCUGGUGACUGGUUGUUGGUGGACGGGCAGGAGAUGGACUAUGAGGCCUGGGGUGAAGAAGGAAAGCCAUCAUGUUCACAUGCCAAGAUAAAGUGUGGAGCCUUACAGGUGACAGGAGGGUACAAGGCUGUUUGGGACGCUAAUGACUGUGAGGAGAGACUACAUUUUAUUUGUUAUUGA